AUGGCUUGGUUCCCGUCGACGCUCGACUCGGGCGAGCAGAGCUGGAAAUUCGACAUUGUCAGUCUGUUGGCUGUGAUUGGAGGGUCCACGAUCGAGAAACAUAAACAAACCAUCACGGCAUCUCACCUAGGCACAGUCCCGCGUCUCCUCCCAGCGCCCGACACUCUUCUCGACACCGACCGACCGCUGCGACUCCCUUCGGUCAAGGAUGUGGUCGUGGUCGGCGUGUAUUCCGGCACGCACACGACCGAGCUGAACUUCUUUGCCAAUGUGAUUCACGACGUUGAAUCACUACAGCCAUUCGAAUUCCGGUCUUACCGCAUUAAAUAUUCGAACGAGGAUGUCGAAAAGACCGAAGAUGCAGCGGAGAAGGAGGUCCAUGUCCCUGUGCGAACCAUGUCGGCUUUGAACGCUGUCACCGUCCUCUCCAUCCUGAUGACAAUUGGCCUGUUCAUCUGGGCUGGCGUCAUUCAUGAUGGCGUUGCCCUCAUUGGUCUCGCUAGCAUGUCCCUUUCCACCAGCGCUGCCUGUUUAUCCGCGCAAUGGCGCCCGAAACUCUCCAAGCGGCCUCCGGGAGGCAAGGUACCGCCCGGAGACGUGGUCAUCAAGACCCGCGGAGGCGCCUUUUUGGUCGUGCAUUGCCAGGAAGAGAUCACCCGGGAGCUGUACGGCGGUAUGGAGGUGUGUCAGUACGUGUAUACUGGUCGACGACACCAGCUCUUGUUGGCGAGCAGCACGGUCCUUCUCAUGGCGUCAAUUAUCUUCUUUAGCAACUGCGGCCGCACAAUGCAGAUCGCCGUCGGUGUCGCGUACAUCAUCCUGAACAUCUUGUACUGGGCGAUGGCGUUGUUGACUCCCACGCAGCACACAUGGGAUAUGAGGCGGUACAAGGUAGAGGAAACCACAGAAAACCCGGAGGAUCAGCCCACGAACUAUACACAAGUGCUCUGGUAUGCUAUACGCGAGACGAAGGAGAUUGAGUGGGUCAAGAAAGGUCGUAUGGCACCCUCGACGAAACACUGGGAUGGUUGGCUGGAGGAGGCCAAGGCGCAUUGUCAGGAUAGUAGCUGGGAUGCGGUGGCUGCGAAGGACCGGUGGAUGGGCCAAGCGGUGGCGGAGAAGCAGUAG